CAUUGAGCGGCCGGCUGGGAAGGUUGCGUCGGAGUACGCGAUUGGCCAGACUGCUGUGGGCGGUAGGCGGACGUGUGGAGCCGACAAAGAUGGCGGUGCAGGUGGUGCAAGCUGUUCAAGCGGUUCAUCUUGAGUCUGACGCUUUUCUAGUUUGUCUCAACCAUGCUCUGAGCACUGAAAAGGAGGAGGUGAUGGGUCUGUGUAUAGGGGAGUUGAAUGAUGACAUAAGGAAUGACUCCAAAUUUACAUACACUGGAACUGAAAUGCGCACAGUUGCAGAAAAGAUGGAUACCAUCAGAAUUGUUCACAUUCAUUCUGUCAUCAUCUUGCGACGUUCUGAUAAGAGAAAGGACCGUGUAGAAAUUUCUCCAGAGCAGUUGUCUGCAGCCUCAACAGAGGCAGAAAGGUUGGCUGAACUAACAGGCCGUCCCAUGAGAGUUGUUGGCUGGUAUCAUUCCCAUCCUCAUAUAACUGUUUGGCCAUCCCAUGUUGAUGUUCGUACACAAGCCAUGUACCAAAUGAUGGAUCAAGGCUUUGUAGGACUUAUUUUUUCCUGUUUCAUAGAAGAUAAAAACACAAAGACUGGUCGGGUGCUCUAUACUUGCUUCCAAUCCAUACAAGCCCAAAAAAGCUCAGAGUAUGAAAGAAUUGAAAUUCCAAUCCAUAUUGUACCUCAUAUCACUAUUGGGAAAGUAUGCCUUGAAUCAGCAGUAGAGCUGCCAAAGAUCCUGUGUCAGGAAGAACAGGAUGCAUAUAGAAGGAUUCACAGUCUUACACAUCUGGACUCAGUAACCAAGAUCCAUAAUGGCUCAGUGUUUACCAAGAAUUUGUGCAGCCAGAUGUCAGCAGUCAGUGGGCCUCUACUACAGUGGUUGGAGGACAGAUUGGAGCAAAACCAGCAGCAUUUGCAGGAGUUGCAACAAGAAAAGGAAGAGCUUAUGGAGGAGCUGUCUUCCCUAGAAUAAAGCAAGAGGACAGAAGUACGGGCAGCUGAAAAUACCAGGUAUACAAUUUAUUAAACUAAAUCAAUUUUGAAAAUGUAAAGUUGGAGGACCCACAUUAUAUAACUUCAAGACUUACUAUGAAGCUGCAGUAAUCAAGAUACUAUGAUAUUUGCAGAAGAACAGAUGUAUAAAUCAAUGGAACAGGAAAUAUAAUUCAGAAAUAAACACAAUAAUAUGCUUAACUAAUUUUGAAAAAGUACAAAGUGAUCAAGAAGGAAGGCCAGUCAUUUCAACAAAUUGAAUUUCCACAAGCCAACAAAAUAUAUUCUAAAAGUACCUCAAAAUGUCAUAUAUUUAAAUGUAAGAUGGAAAACUUAAAAAAAAAAUUCAAGAAAAAUUUUCAAGAGUCGGGUACUUAAUCUUCAACUCAAAAGCACAGUCUACAAGAAAAAAGUAAAUAUUUAGACUUCAUCAAAAUUAAAACUUUUUAUUCUGCAAAGUAUUAAGAGGAAAGGCAAGAAAUUACUUCUAAACCAUGUCUGAUCAAUGGAAAAGAUAUGCUCAAAACUCAAAAAUAAACAAUUCUAUUAGAAAAUAAAAGAAGACAUAAACAUUGUUACUAAAGAGGAUAAAUAGAAGUAAUUAUGUGAAAAUAUAUUAACCCUCAUAAGUCACUGGGAAAUGCAAAUUGAAACUACAGUGUGGUAUGGUAUAUACUUAUCAGAAUUGCUAAAGAGAAAAUAGUAAAAGUGCCAAAUACUGUUGAGGAUAUAGAUAUACAAUGACAGGAAUGUAAAAUACAGCUACUGGGUAGAAGAGUUUGGAAAUUUUUAUAAAGUUGAGCGUAUACUUAACAUGACCCAGCAGUUACACUGUCUUUGCACAAAAACUUUUACAAAAUUUUUCUUGAUAGCUUUAUCUUUGGUAGCUGCAAAUUAGAAACAACCCAAAUGUUCCGUAGUGGGUAAAUGGCUAAAUAAGCCAUUCUAACCAUGGAAUACUACUCUGUAGUGGAAAGGAACACAUUGCUAAUAUCUAUAUAAUUUAGAUGAGCCUUGGGGCAUAUAGUAAAUGAAAGAAAAGCAAGUCUUAAAAGGUCACUUACUGCCAGGCUGUGGUUGCACUCGCCUUUAAUCCUAGCACUCAGGAGACAGAGGCAAGCAGAUCUCU